UUUUGUUUUCAUAAUUAUUAUUAUUGACAAGAUGUUAAUUUUAACUUAAUUAUUCGAAUAUUUUAGCACAACUCACUGUCAAGUACAUGAUGCAGAAACAAAACGUUUAAAAAGUUGUUUUGUGAACUUUUUGACAUGUAAGAAUCGUGUGAAAAUCAUUUCGAACAAAGAAUUUUCAAUGAAAUUCCACUUAAUUUCGCGAGUUAUGUGUUAAUUAAAGUUUGAAACAUCAUGGCAUUUUUAUGUCCAGUCAGAAUAAGAAGGGGAAAGAAGAAGAAAUCCAGCAGUGGAGAUUCAGAUAAAGACUUAUCCCGUCCUGGUUCUGGCUUAAGUCCUGGAAUGGGACGGAUCACUGGAUCGGCAAGCAUUGAGACAUUAGUGAGGGUCGGAAUAGAGAAGGAACAUGGCCUUAGUCCUGAUUCCAAGAUGGUGGUAUUACAUGACUUCACGCCAUGUGUAGAUGAUGAGCUAGAGGUAAAACGGGGACAAAUAGUGAAUGUUCUAUACAGAGAGAACGACUGGGUGUAUGUCAUAGUGGCGGAGUCUCGCAGGGAGGGGUUCAUACCGCAUUCGUACUGCGCGCCGUGCGAGCAUCACGACCUAAAGAAGAAACUGCCCAGGAGUCGCUCGCCCACUGAUUUAGCCCAUAGAGAUGUAUCACAGUUAUCAGUAUCAGAUGGUGUUACCAACGAUGGACACUCUGAGCUUGGUAGCGAGGGCGAGACAUGUCCAUUCAGCAAAGACCCGUCCGGGCGUUACGUGGUGCUUUACACGUUCACAGCUAGGGAUGAGAAUGAUGUCGAUGUUGAAAGAGGGGAGUUUGUUACAGUUUUAAAUAGAGAAGACCCUGACUGGUAUUGGAUAGUGAGGAGCGAUGGACAAGAGGGCUUCAUUCCCUCAGGAUUCGUGUACCCUGCCGUGGUACAAGCAACACAACAAGACAACACACAGCAGCUACACUCGCCGCCACCAACAAACGUGAACAACACAAUGUUGUCGACAAACAACAAUAGUUUGAACAACACGGCGCCACAGGACAACGACGGACGGUAUCACGGCACAGAACUAGUAAUGCUUUAUGACUAUAAGGCGCAAGCUCCAGAUGAUUUAUCAGUGAAGCGAGGAGAAUGGGUGUAUGCUGAUUUAACACAACAGACAGUGGAGGGCUGGCUGUGGGCCCACGCCCCCAAGUCGCGGCGGUCUGGAUUCAUCCCCACUGCGUAUGCGCGCGCGCCCCAUACUACGUCACUUUGAAUUGUAAUUAAUGAAUAGAAGUCUCGUGUUGGAUCAAUCAUGAUAGGGUAUUUGUAUGAAAAAUAAAUGUUUAUACAUGAUUAAAACAAUAAAUAAGACAAUUUAUGUGUGAGUAAACUGCUAAUGUUAUUAAAAUAUAUAUUCAAGUAGUUUCGAUGAUAUUGUCAAAUAUUAAAUUUAUAUUGUUUAAUUUCUUGCUGAUAAGAAAUAGAACGAGAUGUUAAACAUGAGACGUGGCUCCAGUCAACGUCAAAGUCAUUUAGCAAGUCAGGCAACAUCCCUUUUUUAAAACAAUAUGUUUUUAGUGGUCGUGAUCAAUGAAUCUCUGGCCUGGAUCUGCGCCCGGCGAGUCGAUAAAAUAAUUUAGAUAUAAAAUGCCUUAUUCUUAGCCUCCUCAUAAUCAGCCAUAUUUUUAAGUGUAUUGUAAAUUAUAGUUUUAAUUUAGUCUUCCAUUAAUGGCAAAAGUCUAACAUUCCGUUAAUUUAAAAGUUAGGUAAUAUCCGUCCAAAUUUGACUGACUUUUUGAUAUUACGCUUUAUAUUUUAUGGUGUUUUACAUUGUUUUUAAGGUUUUGUAUGUAAUGAUUAAUAAUAAAAUGUUUUAAAAUCUUAA